AAAGAAGUUGAAGUUGGUUUGUUUUUAGCUUGGUUAGCUAUCAGCCCGUAGACUGCCCGACAGUCAGCUGUCAAGCAUGGGACGGAAGUGCUCUUAUCCCGAGUGCAAGAGCACGGAGGGUUUGCACUCUUUGCCGUCCAACAGAGAGAUGGCACACCGCUGGCUGAAUGCUUUGGGGCGGAUCGACAUGCCUUCCGCUUCUGUUUACGUGUGCAACCUCCACUUCACUCGCGAGUGUUUCUCCAACUAUGCAGAGGUGGAAAUGGGAUUCAAGAAGCAGCUUCUGUUAAAUCCCGAUGCCGUCCCAACACCUGUCCAAGUGGUGACACAGCACAAGAGAGGACUGGCCCAGAAACUGUCAUUAAAACAGGGAUCAGUACCAACGGUACGUGGCAAAAGUGCAGAUGAAAGAAAAGGCACCGUGGGCAAUGUCUCUGGAACUUUACCUUCUGUAAGACACGUAGCCUGCCAGACUGAUCCCCCAGAGACAAAAUCUGUGGCCACACAGCUAUCCAUGAAAACUCUGCCGAAUACCUUUCGAAGUAAAGCUACACAGGCAAGAGUGUCCAGCAGAGACUGCGGCAUGUGCACCCUCACCUUCCCCUUGGACAGUCCAAUACUGUUCCUCCAGCCAACAAUAGUAAAGAGACCAGCCAAGAGACCUCGACUCAGCCUCACAGAUGAAGAGGAAGGCCCGUCAGAAUGCAGCUUGUCCAUGGUGGUUCAUGAACCAGAGGACUUGACAUGACCCUGAACACCCUGUUGCUGUCCUGGGUUAUCAGCUGCGUCUUUUUUGUUUAACUUUUCAGAGCCCUCUUCACAAUGAGGGCUUGGUGAGCGACAAAUUAGUGAACAGAACGAAUAAGAAUGUGGAAAACAUAUUACCAUCAGAUACACAUGGCAGCACAUGUGUCUUCAUAUCCCUGAUAUUACAGAACAGAAAAGGAAUGCAAAAAAGAUCCCGUCAAGGAAACUGGCUUCAAUGUGCCCUUGAGCAAAAAAACCAAACCCUCAGUGUGUUUGUGGUCUACCCAGCUUAAAGUUCAAAUGUUUUUGUGUUCUUUUUGUUUUCAGUUCCUCUUCUACAAGUUUUACUACCAUGUCUCUCUGAGUGUUAGGAGAUUUAACUUCUACUAACACUAGGCAGACACAGGAGAGAUGUUUUGACCAGUCUAUCUCGACCAAAACCACAAGCAGAGCAGCAAAGUUACAGUAGAAAAAUGGUAGAAAAAUGUGUUAUGUGGGUUUUAUCACAUGAGUGAUUUUCUUUUUUACAGGAAAAUAGGGUUCAUUAGAUGUAUUAUAAUAAAACAAAAUUCUGUUAUACUGGUUAA